AUGUCGGAAAUAAUGUUCUGCAAGUCGUUCCUCAGCGCACUCGAUGCCCGCCCGGCGAAGCUCUCUUCAGAUCACAUAGCAGAUGCGCGACAGUAUCCUGCCCAAGGCGCUUAUAUACUCCCCCGCCUACCCCAUCCACCCCACCCCCAGCGACCCAAGCGCAAGGCCACAGACCUCUCCAGUGAUAAUUCCACCACCCUCUCCAUAACCCUCAAGCCCAUGAAGCCGAGCACCCCCACUAUUCCUCUCUCCAACAUCGAGCCCAGCAAAACCUCCAUCUUCGACCUAAAACAGCAGUACGCGACACAAAGUUCCAUACCAGCGGCCAAGAUCAAGAUUCUGUACAAGAAGAAACCAGUCAUGGACUCGAAAACGGUGGCAGAGGUUGUAGGCGCUGAUGCGGCGGGUGAGGUCGAGUUUGGGGUCAUGGUUAUGGGGGGUGGAGUUGCGUCGCCGGCUGUCGGGGGUACACCGGUACAGAGCCCGCCUGCGGUGGCGCCGAGCGAGGCAGACAAGGGAUUGGCGGGUGAUGUUGCGGCGGCAGCGGCUUCGACGAGCAGUGGGCCUGUAGCGGCGGGACCGAGUGGAAAGGAGCUUGUUGCGACGGACGAGUUUUGGUCAGAUCUUAACAAUUUUGUGCUGCAGAGGAUCAAAGAUGAGGUGGAGAGUGAACGACUGCUAGGGCUGUUCAAGAAAACCUGGGAACAAAAUAAGUAA